AUGGGGGAUUUAAAGCUCUGUCUUACUCUUCUCCUAACCACACUCACCUUGGCUUAUGCCCAGGAGGAGCGGGGAACCUGCCUGAUAAACCAAAGGUACAAAGCCUACCACAAGUAUGAAUACUUGUACGUAGCUGAGUCCUUGAACGCUAUCAAUGGAGCUUCACAUCUGAGGAACGGACCUAAGGCCACUUGCAAGGUUGAAAUUGAAGUACCUCAGCCUUGUAGUUUCAUCGUGCGCACCUCUGGCUGUAGCCUGAGUGAGGUGGUCGACAUGGACGCAGAGGGCAACCCCGUGUUCGGUCCAGCACCCAGCUCUGAUGACUUUGCUUCUGCAAUGGAGAGGUAUCCUCUGCAGGUUGUUGUUGAGGGUGUGUACGAUGUGGAACUGUACCCCGAGGACGGUGAGACGACAACAAUCCUGAACAUCAAGAGGGGAAUCAUCUCUGCCCUGGCUGUGCCUCUGCUGGAAGAAGACAAGAAUAAGAACAUGCCAACUAUCCACGGCAAGUGCAAGACCAGUUAUUCCAUCAACGCUAGAGAGGACAUUGCAACUGAUAUCAGCCUCACCAGGGACCUGUCCGGAUGUGAUGAAUUUAAACCCAUCAGAGAUCACACCAGCCCUUUGGCGCUUAUCUCUGGCAUGCACUACCCUCUUGCCCAGCUGGUCAGAAGCUCACAGACCUGCAACUACAAGUUUGACAAUGAGAACAAACACAUGACCUCUGGCUCCUGCACUGAGAACCACAUCCUCAUUCCCUACUCUCACAAGGGAGAAUAUGGAGUUACCAAUGUUGGAAAACAAGAACUGACUCUGGUUCAGGUCUCUCCUCACGAUCAAAGGAUCUUUUACCGCGGCGACAUUUUCAAGGGUCUUUUCAUGGAGGCUGUCGAGGACAAGAGUGUUGUCCAGGAUAAAGACGCAGGUCUGAACCUCCUGAGAGAACUAGACAGUCUGCCCGAGACCGAGGGAGAGAGGAGGGCCCACCUCUUCCACAAGCUUGUCAGCGUGGUCCGUGGAAUGAAGACCGAGACCCUGAGUACUGCCAUUCCUGAGGCUCUUGCGGUGUCCCGUGUCCUGACCUACCAGGUUCUGGUCCAGUGUGGAACCCCUGAGUGCAGCAGCGCCAUCAUGCAGAUCCUCAGGACUUUUGACAGCUCCUCCCUCGAGGUCGAUGCCAGUGUUUUUGCUAUGGGACUCGUGUCCAACCCCUCUGCCCUCCUGAUCAAUGACAUGCUCGAGAUGGCCAAAUACAAGCCCAGCAAGCCCAUCAUGUAUGCGCUGAGCAAUGUUGUCAAGAGGUUUUACAAAGCUGAAAAAAAACUGAUCCCUGAGAUUUACUCUGUUGCUGAGUUCAUGGCUGCCAAGUUGGGUGACUGCUCUGGUGACGAGGACAACACUUUUAUGACAUUGAGAGUUAUUGGAAACAUGGCUCCAGCUCUGGUAUCUGCUGGUCCUGCACUCAGAUCUGCUGUGAUCCAGUGUGUGAACCAACCUGCUGCUGCCCCGACUGUGCAGCAGGCUGCGGUCCAAGUGUUCAGGCUGACUCCCGUCCCCGAGGAGGGCAGAGAGGUUCUCAUGCAGGUGCUUUUGGACAGUGCCAGCCCCAUGCAAAAGCGCAUUGCUGCAUAUCUGGUACUUAUGAAGGACCCUCAGCCCGCUGAACUGACCCAGCUGGUUGACGCCUUGCCCAAUGAGCAGGACAAACAAGUCAAGAGCUUUGUGAUCUCCCACAUUACCAACAUUUUGUCCUCAACUGAGCCACAGACCCAAGAACUGGGACAGAAGAUUCGUGAUGCCCUGCAGGGUAAUGAGGUCGGGCCCAACAUGGACCCCAUCAAGUUCUCUCGCAACUACAAGAUCGGAUCUGUGGAGGGCAACAUGAUCUUUGAGGGAACCAGCUAUCUGCCCAAGGAGGUCAUGCUUGAAAUGACUCUGAAGGCUUUUAGCUACGACAUGAUGGAGAUUGGUAUGGAGGGCAAAGGACUUGAGCCAACCGUUGAUGCCCUGUUUGGAGAGAACGGCUUCUUCCCCGACACUGCCCUGAAGACAAUGUACAUCAUUUCUGACAACAUGCCCCUCAGAGUCAACGAGAUCCUGCAGAACAUGCUGCCUGCUCUGAAGAACGGCAGAAUGAAGAGACAGGCCUCCCAGAACCUGAUGAGGGAGAUCGGACGCAACCUCAACAAACUCGUGAGGGAAAUGAAGACGGCACCGUCUCCAGAGGCGAUGGUUUAUCUGAGACUUUUGGGAAAUGAGCUGGGUUAUAUGAAGACCAAUGAAAUCACAGAGAUGGUCUACUCUGCUGCCAUGACGAUUGACAGCAUGUUCAAGAUGUUCCCGACUGAUAUCAUGAAGGCACUGAUGACAAAGGCAGACAACACAUUCUUUGCCCACUACAUCUUCAUGGAUAAUGAAUUUUUCCUGCCUACUCUCACUGGUGUGCCUCUGAGGAUUGCACUGUCUGGUACUUUCACCCCUGGUAUCAAGGGUGGAAUUAAGAUAGCUCCUGACAUGAGCAAAGUUACCUUCAUGCCCUCCGCUGGCAUUGAGUUUGUAUCCCAGAUUGGUUCCUGCAUCCCUGAAUAUGUCAACUCUGGAUUAGAGAUGCACACCAACUUUUUCCACGAGAGUGGGCUCAGUGCCAAGAUCUCCAUGGAACCUGACAAUGUCAAGCUGACCAUUCCUGCUCCAAUGAGUCCUACAAAGUUCAUCAAGAUGACAAACACUCUGGUGGCAGUGACUGGAUCAGAGGUGAAGACCAUUCCCCCGAUGGUGAUGGACCAGGUUGAUGUUAGUGAGUGCACUCCCGUCUUCGCUGGAAUGAAAUACUGCACCGCUCUGCAGUACACUGAUGCUUUCUCUCAGGGGACAGCCCCCUACUUCCCCAUCACCGGAGACAGCAAAUUUGCUGUGGAGUUCCAUCCGACUGGUGAAGUCACCGAGUACACAGCCACUGUUGCCUACGAGCUCCUCAGGGAGGGAGAAGAGGGCCGGCAGAAGGUUGACUCUGUGAAGUUUGUUCUGAGGGCUGAAGGUGCAGAGCCCACUGAAGCCAGAGCAAUGAUGAAAUAUAACAGAAGAAAGAAUGUCAUCACGGCUGACAUCCAGAUCCCCGACUACGAUGUGGAGGCUGGACUCAGGCUGGGUGUUGUCGAUGGAAACACCAAGGGCAAAGGAACUCACUCCAUCUCUCUUGACUUCAUCAACAAGAACAUCCCUCAGCUGUCCCUGGUUGGCCGUGCCAAUCUGAAGGCCAUGAAGGAAGGUAUGCUGCAAGUCCAACUUCUUGUCCCCUCAAUCAAAGCUGAUGCCACCGUCACAGCUAACAUGAAACGUGAUGAAGAAUUGGAAUUGGAGGUUAAGAGUGAAAUCAUGGUCAUGGACGCCACCUCUGAGCAGAAAAUCACAAUGAAAUACGAUGACAGCAAAAUUGAGGUUGAAUUAGAGUCGGAUGUGAACUCCGAGCUCUCGGACAUCCUUCCAUACAUUGACGAGAUGAAAAAGUAUGGUAAUGAUGUUCUUGACAUGCGGGUAGGGGAGACUGACAUGACAGCCCAUCAAUUCCUCAAGGCAUUUGUGGAGGCAACAAACAACCACAUGGAAAGCUACGGUGCUGAUAUCCCUUACAUUGAGAACUUCAGAGUGCCUGAUAUUUCUGAGAUUUCACUGCCAGAGACACUGUUCCUCAAAACUGAGGCAAAGGUCGUCUACCACUUCAACAAUGAGCGCUUCACCAUUACUAUCCCUCUACUUCUUGGAGGAAAGUCGACAGAAGAGCUUAACUUCCCACCAGCUUUGACCACACCGAGUUUGUCUCUACCCCAGUUUGGACUGGAGAUCGUCUCCAUGGAGAUCCCCAUCCCAGAGCUCGUUGUCCCUGAGAGCCUCACUCUGUCCAUUCCUCUUUUUGGCAAAGCUGAGGUUUCAACUCAGAUAAAGAGCAACCUAUAUGACAUGGAGGCCUCAAUGGCUGCCGGCAAAGAUGUUGUGGAGACACCAAGCUACUCGGCUAAGUUUGAUGUGAAAGGAACCUCCCCACUGGACAUCCUCUCAAUAAAAGUUGAAGGAUCUGGGAUGUUGGCCACAACUGAUUCCAUCAAGGCCCAUUUAAAAAGCUCUUUGUCUCAUAAAUUCCUUGAAGCCAGUGUUAGUAUUGUUGAGGAUGUAACCAUCACAGACAAAAUCAACUUGAAAUCAAGCUGCAAGAUUGAAGCCAAAAGCCCAUUUGGUCUCAAUAUUGCAUUAGAACACACUGGCAUGACUGCAAUCAACACGGAAGAAAUCUCUGCUGAUAGCAACUUUGACGGAAGGUUCACAUCUGGACCCAUGUAUGGCACGACCAUAGCGACUCAGUCAUUCGCCAUCUUCCCAUUCAGGCAAGAAGCAAAACUUGAUUCUACUGUUCAGUUUGACUCCACCAUUGUUAAGGCCCAGAACACAAUUGCAGCAAGCCUUGCCGAUGGUGAAUUCUCAGUUGUGUCUAACACCAAUGCUUUUGAAGACAUCUUGACCCAUGUUGCUGAGCUUUCCUUCAAAGACAGCAAGCUGUCACUGAAAUGUGAUGCAAAUGCCAUUGCUCUUGGCAUGAAGAUCCACAACCAGGCUGAAGCCUCUGCUGGUGCCAAUGAAGUCAUUGUGAAAAUGGAGACAAAUGCGGACCACUCUGAAAACCGUGUUUACUCUCUGCUGACUGCCUCUCUUAAUGUCAAUGGUCUGGAUGUAAAUAGCGAUGCCACCAUAAUGCUCCUUGAGAAUGAGGCUACUCACAAGGCUACUCUGAAAAUGAACAAGGACGGUUUGACCACAAGUGGAACAACCACCCUCCAGAGCCCUCUGUCCCUGGAAAACACCUUCAAUGCUGGGCUUGAUGCUUCGAGAGCUACUCUAUCCAUUACCAACAAGGCUGCAAUGCGUGACAUCAAGGUUGAUAAUGCCAACACUCUGACCAUUACUCUCUCUAGCCUUGACUUCAACUCAAAGGCUGAAGCCACCGCCAGUGAGUAUGCAUCUUACACUCAUGAUAUCACCAUUGACCUGAAACCCUACACUGCCUCUGCAAAUGUCAAUAACAACCUGAAUCUUCUGGCGGCCAACUUCAUUAAUGAGGCUCAGCUGCAGGCAGAGCUUUACAAGAUGGACCUGACUGGAAGUCUGAAAGCAAUCUAUGGUGAGGAAGAGAUCAAGCACACCUAUCAGAUAAAUUAUGCUGAUAUGACGGCUAACGCAAAGUGCAGCACCACUGGAAAACUCUUUGGAACUCACAUGAGCCACAACACCGAGCUUGAGGUCGUCGGUCUUGCUGCCAGGAUCACUAAUGAUGCCCGCUUCAACUCACAGCCAAUGCGCUUUGACCACACCAUCCGUUGCAGCGUUGUUCCUUUUGAUUUCAACCUUGAUGCCAUUUUCAAUGCUGAUGGAGACAUGACAAUGUAUGGAAAGCAUAGUGCCCAGCUCUAUGGCAAGUUCCUCCUUAAAGCACAACCCCUUGCGUUUGCUAGCUCACAUGAAUGCAGAGCAUCAGUAAACCAGCAGCUAGAUACCGGUUUCGCCCUUGAGACGAUUAUUGACAACAACAUUGAUACUGUUCUGUCACCCCAAGAGCAGAAGACCAGUUUUAGAAUGAAGUCUAAAUUGAAUGAACACAUUUUCAACCAGGACAUGAGUGUUUACAACACUGCUGAGAGAACUGGAAUUGAGGUUUCUGGCAAAAUCCUCACAAACAUCCUCAACAUAGACUCCAUGGAGAACCAGGAAUUUGCCAUUUCUGGCUUCCUCAAGUAUGACAAGAGCACAAAUAGUCACAUAAUUCAGUUUCCUAUGAUUGAAAGUCUUUCUACUUUCUUGGAAAGCAUCAAGGGUGUUGUUGUGCGUGUUGCAGAGGCAUUGCAAGACUAUAUCAAUAAUGAGGAGAUAAGGGCUAAACUUGAAGCUCUUCCCCAGUAUGUAAGUGACUUUGUUUCUCAACUGAAUAUAGAAGGAAAGGUUGAUCAGCUGAUGCAGUAUUUCAAUGAUUUUACCGAAAACUAUGUCAUCUCCGUGGAGGAUGUGGAAGCUUCUUUGAGGAAUCUGAAGGUUUCUGUUGAGAAACUGCUGGCUGAUCUCACUGUUUACAUCCAACACUUUGCCGGUAUGGUGAAAGAGAUUAUUGUUAGUGGCACCCUCCCUGAAACCCUCAUUCAGAACAUCCAGGAACAGCUGAAUGCCAUCAAUGAGGAGUAUGACAUCCAGGCAGUGGUUGUGUAUGUGAUUGAUACCAUGAGGGAGAUGAUCCAGCAGAUUGACUUGGAAAAACUCAAGGGCAGCAGCAUCGCAUUCCUGCAUGAUAUCGAUGCCAAGUAUGAAAUCAAGGCCAAACUACAGACAAUCAUAAGUGAUAUGAAACAAAUAAUUGAGACCUUUGACCUUCAAAAAUUCAUUGUUGAGCUGAAGGAGUACAUUUCAUUCAUCAACUUUAAAGCUCACAUUGAGACACUAGUGAGUCAGAUCCCCACAGAGAUUUUCAGCGAUAUAACCGAUUACAUCAAUGAAAAGAUUCAGGACCUUGACAUUCUAGGUAAGAUCGACACAUUUUAUGCCAAGUUGAGAGACUUGAUCGUAAAGUUUGAGGCUGACAAAAAGGUUCAGGCUGUCUUGGAAAAGGUUGCGGAGCUCAUCAAGCAGUUCAGAAUUGAGGUAACUAUCAGGACUGUAGCCAACAUGGUGAAGGACGCAGACAUCCCUACCAAAUUCAUGCAAGUCUUCCAGGGUGCUAUCAACUACUUGAAAACAACUGAGAUUGAGGAUGUAAUUUCACAGUUGAAUUUAUAUAUCGGCAUUAUUGAGGAGAAAAUUAAUUCAUUGGAUUAUAAUGACUUUGUGGAUUACAUCAAUGAAAUGAUAGCUAAGUACACUACUCAUGUGAACGACCUGAUCAGGUCUCUUGAAAUCCCCCAGAAACUUGAGGCAACAAGAAAUUUUGCCAACUUUGUCUUAUCGUCUGUUAGGGGUACUUUGGAACAAGUGAGAGAAAUUAAUGUGAAGGAUAUCUUUAACCAGGUUUUGUUAAAUAACAUGAAGGGAUUUGCUGAAAUUAUAAAGCAGGAAAUUGAAAAACUGGAUGUUAAUGCUAAAAUGACCUCUUAUCUGCAGUUGGCAAGGAAGGGCUAUACUGAUUUCAUAACCAUUGCCACUGAUAUGCUCACCAAUAUUGUUGAGAUCAUUAAGAAGGUGGCACCUCAGCAAAAAAUUGUCAGUGAGAUAUCGCAGAUCAUUGAGGGGCUCAUUACUGGACUGAAGACAGCCGAGCUGAACUUGCCAUCCUUCACCCUUCCUCUCACUGAUCUUGUUGUGCCUUCCAUGAAGUUCAGCAUAGAUAAGCUUCACCAGUUUGAAAUCCCAACACAGUUGGACAUCCCAGAGUUCACUAUCAUGGGCUUCUACACUGUGCCAGCCACCGUCAUCUCAACAAAUGAAAUCAAGCAGAGAAUCGUUGACUUAAUUGAUUUCAUUCUCAACCUCGAGAUGAAGAUGUUUGAUAUGGGUGCUUCCUUUGGAGACCUGACUGUGAACUACCUUCCUGCCCUGCCUGAGUUUUCACUUCCUGAGAUUACCGUACCCGAGUUUUCCUUCCCCGCUCUUCCUCAUGUUCCAGCAGAGAAACUUGUCAAGACUCUCCAACUCCCAACAUUUAAGCUGCCAGUCAUUCCUAGUGAGAUCAGAAUCCCAGGAUUUGGUAAACUGAGUUAUGAGAUAAAAGUCAACUCCCCCAUCUACACUAUUAGGAAUGCUGCUGAAGUCCAGAGCUCUCUUGAUGUAGAUGAUACUCCUCAGCUGACAGCUUUUCUGACUUCCCAAGGGACAUCUCUUAGCUUUGAAAUCCUUAACUUCAACCUGGAUUCCACUGCUCGUAUUGCUGUUCCCGAGGGAUAUCGUGUGAUUGCUGCUGAGACCCUUAAGUUCACUCACGAUUGUCUUGUGUUGGACCACCAAGCAUCUGUGACAUUUAAUGACUUCUCAGCCCAGGCCUCAGCCAAGACCACAGUCAAGGCCACCACAGCACCUUACAAUGCUGAGCUUUUAAAUGAAGUAUUCUUAGCUACCAAGGAUGGUUUAUCUGCCACUAUUAACACUUCCUAUAAACAUGUGCUCAACCUACCCGUCAUGGGCCUCACUGGUGAGACAUCUGCAACUCAAAAAGCUGUGGCCCGCCAGGAAGGUACCUCUAUUACAAUAACUGUUGGAAAUCAGGGUACUACCACCUUCAACUCUCAUGACAGUACCCACAAGAGUGACCUGGAAGUCACUGUCAAUCCAAGUACACUCAAGCUGACCUUCAGUAGUGACACAGAUACAGUCCUUUUGAAGAUGAAACAGACCCUGAGUGCUGACUUUGUCAUCUUCAGCUAUUUCAAGGUUGAUAUUCGCUCUGAAGCAGAAGGCCCUACAUUCAAAAACAACCUUCUAGUGGGAUCAGCUAAUGCCAAUCUGCAAGACAUGAACCUUGAGCUGAAGGCAACCCAUAGCACAGAUUUAAUUGGUGUUGUCAAUGGAGCCCUAUACAAUAUGAUCGAUGUUGCUCUCAGUCCCGGAGAGGUUGUGUUCAGCUUUAAGAAUAAGGGCAACACCAAAGUCAAUUUCAAUGAUGCUCUUACUGUCAAAAUUGAUCUGCAAAAUGAUUACUCCGCAACACUUAGGCCCGACACGCAACACUUGAACACUGUAGCUCUGGCCCGUUUUAAUCAGUACAAACUGUUCGGGAACUUCACUGUAGACAACAAUGAGAAAGAGGCUGCCGUCCUCGCUGCUGUAGAGGGGGAAGCAAACCUUGAUUUCCUGACUAGACCCCUCAGCAUUCCUGAGAUUUAUAUUCCAUUUGUUGACAAACAUACCCCAGCUAUUAGUGAUCUUGACUUGUAUGACCAAACUGGGCUGAAACGCAUUUUGACUACCACUGAGCAGACUGUUGACGUCAACGCCAAGAUUGUUUACCAGAAAAGCCAGGCUGCUCCCCUUGAUAUGAUGGGUCUGAUCCAGAUUCCCUCUGUGGGUAACCUCAUCACAGAGCUGUCCUUCAAGUCUGCCAUCCUUAAUCUGAAUGUCAAUGCUGGACUGUAUGCUGAGGAUGAUCUUGUGUUCCGUCUGGGAGCUACCACAGCCUCCGUGUUUGAGGGUCUGAAAGCCAAACUUGAUGGCACCACCAGUCUGACCACCAAGAGAGGAAUCAAGUUGGCCAAUUCCCUGUCCCUUGAACAUCGUCACAUUGAAGGCACUCAUGACAGCACCUUCAGUAUGAGUACCGAGACUUUCGAAACUGCCGUCUCUGUGGCUACAGUUGCAAAGAUUGCCCUGCCUAUACUCAACCUGGAGGUAAACCAAAAUUUAGUUGCUGACACCAAAACCAAAGCAAAUGCUGUCUCUACCUUGAGGAUGAAGGGUGAUUUCAACCUCCCUGUGAUCAAGGCUGUUGGAAAGGCCGAUGCAGACCACAGUCUGAAAAUUGAGGGAAGCUUUAAGUAUGUUUCCAUGGAGUCAUCUACUAAGACCAACAUCGACGGCACAGUGCUUGAAGACUGUCUAAUUUUGGGACUCCUGGAUAAUGAAGUUAAUCUGUACCUGAAUAACGAUGGCCUACGCUCCACCUCCAAGAUUAUUACUGACGCCAAAUUAAACUAUGGUACCACCAAAGUCAUUAGCAUGGAUGUAAAUGAAAAUCUUGCUGUUGAGGCCUCCCUGAGCCGUGUGUAUGCCGUGCUGAAGUAUACUAGCAACAAUGAGGCAAACCUGUUUAGUUUCAACACCAAUGGGAAGCAUCUUGUCCAGGCUACCAUUGAUCUUGCCCCAACAUCUUCCUUGACUGCUGAUAUUGAGAUUGACAUAUCUCAGCCAAGCACCCUGGGUGACCUCUCCAUCUUUGAGAAGAUUGUUGCUGAAGUGACAGCCGCCAAGCAGAAGAUCUCUACCGAUGGCAAAUUGGUCAGCCCACUGUACACCACGAACGUGGCAACUGACGUAGAGGGCAAAGCUCCUGUCUUCAAAGUCAACUUCAGGUCUUCUGCCUCCUCUGCCUUUGUCUUCUUGGAAUAUGACCUGGACUCUCCCAUUACCAUAACCUUUGAAGAUGCUGGCGUAAGCCUGACUGGGAAGGCAGUUUUCACCCAUGCCGAUCUGACCAUGGACAUUCAACACGCUCUUUCCCAUACACCGAGCGACUCCCGUUUCAUGCAGAAUGUGGACAUAACCAGCCCUGCCUUCACUGACAUGAACUUGCGUUAUGCUGUCCGCAAAGAUGGAAUCAGCGCCACAAUUUCAAUCCCAUCUACUGGCUUUCUGGGUCUUCAGCUCCAGGGCAGGGCCCCAUCGCAGAUGAACGCCAGGCUCUAUGGCCGUUAUGCUUCUGAACCUGGGAAGGAUGUUGAUAUCUUCGCAAUCAGAGCUUCUGCCAAGGACGCUAAUAAAAUGAAUCUGAAUAUGGUCUUCAACAUGGAGGCCCCCGACAUCUUGCUCAGCGGACUACAAGAAAGACUUCCUGCCAUCACCUCUUGUUUGUCUAGCUUUGCUGAGAAAUACCAACUGUUCAAACAUGCUGCUCAGCUCAAGGAUAUUAUCAUUUACUAUAUUGAGGAGGCCCACAACAUUGCAAACAACCAUGCCCCACAUCUGAGCCAGGUGUCCAUCCUCUUUAGAAACACCGUUGUUCAGUACCAGAAGACUUUUCAGGUCUUCCUGGAUAAUGCCAUCAAGGUCCUGAGGGAGAUCCAGGUCAAACUGCCCGGCUCUGAUGAGAUGAUCCCUCUCAUUGAGGUGCUCAAUAAGCUCACCAUCAGCAUUACUACUAUGCUACAAAAGGCAAUGCAACUGGUGGCUGUUAAUGUAGAGGACUUUUUCAGUGCCGUGUUUGGCAUGUUCAGAAAAAUUCAGGUUAGAAUGCCCAUUGGUGAUGUCAUGGCUGGAGCCAAAAUCAUUGACAAGAUUAAGGAGUCGGUAAAGACUACGUCUACUACUGUUGUAGAUCACCUGAAGCAGAUGGAGAGUCUAGACAUGUUCCUGGUGAAACUGGGUGACGCCUUAAAAUUCCUUGUUGACAAAACUCAGGACUUUGUUGACAACACCUUAAAGUCUGAUGUCCUUGAUGCCAUCGCCGUCUACAUUAAUGCUCUCUAUGACAAGCAAGUAAGCUUAAUGAAAUCACUCACCAACUAUGCAAGCACAGCUGUGGACAUCAGGUCUAUAAAUGGCGCCAUUAAUUACAUUCUGGAUGUUUUCAGAUCUGUAGUGAAUACAUUUCACCACACCGUUACUGACUAUCUGCAGCAGGCUCCUGCUCAAUACAGGUCUUAUAUAAAAGUUAAGGGCAGGAAGCUUGAGAUUAGUCUUUGAUUCGUCCCCUCACCAAUACGCUAAAAUAUUGAAAUGCUACUCCUUGAAUUGCUUCAGUAUUAUCUAAAGAUAGAUGUGUAAAUGUUCAAAAGAUAAAAUCACAAAAA